AUGAAUAGAUAUAGUGUGGAUGUGGAGCAUAAAAGGAAAUUUUUUGAAGAAAUGAAGUGGGCCCCCUUCAUUGUCUCUCGAUUAUUCUCGGCCCAUUCAACAUUUUGGAUGUUGGGAUAUGAUAUAUUGUCCAAGGAAAUGGACAACAUUCUCAGCUUUUAUGUUGAUAGAGGAUGUAAUUGUCCAAUGAAAGUUUGGUUUACGAGAGAAAAUAAAAUAAGCCGAAAAAGUAAAGAAAUGUUAAAUAGAUGGUUUGAAAUUACUGAAUUUGGAAAUUCAAAAUGCCCCAAAACGAGGACAGAAGAAACUUAUAAUUUAAUUGGGAAUAUUGAAAUUGAAAUUAAUUUUAAAAUAUUUAUUAACAAUUUAAAUGCAACAGCAACAUUCAAACUUAACAAUAAUGAAAGAAAUAUUGGAAUUUAUGUUUAUGAAAACAAAAUUAUUUUUGAGAAAAAUGAUGUAAACGGAGAUUGGUCCCAAUCAAAAAUAGACAUUUUGCCGAACAAAAAUAUUAUGAGAGAAGGAAUGACCCUCAAUAUAAAAAUAAAAUUAUUUAAAUUUUAUUGUGAAUUUACUAUUGGAAAUGAAACAAAAACAUUUACAAAUAAAUUUUGGUAUAGUAAAUGGUGGUAUGGAAAAAAAUAUUUAACGUUCAAAAAUUUGGAAGUGUUUGGAGACUUUAUUCGGGUUAAUGCAAUUACUGAAACAGAAAAUGAGAAAAUUCAACACAUUCCAUUGCCCCACUCCACCCGAAUAUUUAACAAUUUCAUGACUAAUGGAUCAAUUGCCACAAUAAGAGUACAAAUUAAUAAAAAUGCCCAAAAUUUCCAGCUUCUACUUUUGCAUGAUUCUCCUGAAUUUAAUUUGAAUAUUGGAGCUACAGUUUUGUCAAUUUAUGUUGAUUAUAAUAAUAAUAUUAUUAAUUCGACUUCAUUUUCUGAAAACAACUACCAUAAUAAUGCAACAAUACGAGGAGCUAAUAUAUAUUCAAAAGGCAAACCAAUCCAAAUUACAAUAAAAAUGCAAAAUAUCAUUAAAAAGGAAGAAAACACAGAAUUUUACAAUAUUUAUAUUAACGGCAAAGAAUGCCACAGCUAUAUAGGAGGAUUUCCUUUUUGGUCAACAAAUUGGAUACAGGUAAAAGGAGAUGCAGUUCUUCUAGAAGAGCCAUUCAUCACCUCCCCUAAAUUGCAACUAAAGGAAACUGAAAAAAUCUACAAAUAUGAAUUGGACCAAUUGCCUUUUAUUGGUUCCACAUUCUGUCUUGAGGGUACUUUGCCUAAAUCAAGCGAUGUUGAAGGAAUAGAGAAACUUGUAAUCAGUUUAAUGCAUGAGAGCAAUGAUGAGUCAAAGAGUUUUGGCGAUACUUUAUUAAAAAUGAACUUCCAAUUCACGGCUGAACAUGGGGAAUCAUGGCUUAAAAUAACUAGCAAGCUGUACAAAGGAGAUAAAACAAAUGAAAAAAAAUACGCAAAUCCAAUCGGCCUGUCGGGCGUUGACUUAACUGUUCGGAUAAAUGUAGAGGAAUCUUACUUCAAGAUUUACUUCAAUGAUGGAAAAACUUUUAUUAAAUAUAAUUAUGUAGCCCCUCCCUGGAUGGUUAAUUGGAUUAUGGUAAAUUUUAUUGGUUCCACAUUCUGUCUUGAGGGUACUUUGCCUAAAUCAAGCGAUGUUGAAGGAAUAGAGAAACUUGUAAUCAGUUUAAUGCAUGAGAGCAAUGAUGAGUCAAAGAGUUUUGGCGAUACUUUAUUAAAAAUGAACUUCCAAUUCACGGCUGAACAUGGGGAAUCAUGGCUUAAAAUAACUAGCAAGCUGUACAAAGGAGAUAAAACAAAUGAAAAAAAAUACGCAAAUCCAAUCGGCCUGUCGGGCGUUGACUUAACUGUUCGGAUAAAUGUAGAGGAAUCUUACUUCAAGAUUUACUUCAAUGAUGGAAAAACUUUUAUUAAAUAUAAUUAUGUAGCCCCUCCCUGGAUGGUUAAUUGGAUUAUGGUAAAAGGAAAUAUAAAUAAUGUUAAAUUUGGCAAUGAUGCAGAAAGAUGUUCUAAAUACAUUUCCAAACCACUUCCGCCACACAUAACAAAAAUUAAAAAUUUAAAAGAAGGGAAACAUAUAAGUGUGAAGGGUAAAGUUACAAAAUUGGAUGAAAAUAUUUUAAUUAAUUUUUAUUAUGGAGCACUUGGAUGGGACGAAAAGAGAGGAAAUGUUGUUUUGCAGGCAAAGAUAACGAAUCAAAAUAUUACCUUUUGUAAGAAAUUUAAAAAGAAUUAUAUUUGUGAUAGUUUUGUUAAAAAUUUAACUCCAAAAUUGGAAAUUGGGCAAAUAAUUAAUAUGGUGUUCCUGGCCACAAAAACAAACUUCGAAAUUUAUUAUGAUGAUCAAGAAAUUUAUCAAUUUGAAUUGCCUCUUUGGGCUAUUCAUUAUGUUGAGGUGACUGGGCCAUUAACAAAUAUUGAGGGUCGGAAUAAAAUUGCAGAAAUUCGAAAUUGA